AUGUUUAACGAGAUAGAUGGAGACUUUAAGGAUGUGGCCAUAAGGACCUUUAAGGUCGGCCUUCUUGCUGAGCAUGAAUUAAGGAAGUCCUUAACGAAGAAACCAGUCAAAGGCAGUGGGGCAGAGAUCAUAUACCCUGAUCUGUAUAGAGGGCUUAAGUUGAAACUCGAUGAUUUGGUUAGCUAUAAUUCCCCUUUGGUGGGGUUUGAUGGGAAGACAAUUAUCCCAAAGGGCCAAAUCAGACUGUUUAUUCAAGCAAGGUCAGAGGUUGUUGAAGUAGAUUUUAUUGUGGUAGACGCGUAUUCCCCCUAUACUGUUAUCAUGGCAGGACCUUGGUUUCAUGUCAUGGGGGCUGUCUCUUCAACUUUGCACUUGAAAGUGAAGUAUCUCUUAAGGGACCAGGUCAAGGAGCUAAUUGAAAGUCAGGCUAUGGCCAGGCAAUGCCUAGUUGUGGCUAUUAGACAUCAGUUCGAGGGUGAAUCUUCUGCCACCACAGAAAUGGCUAUGUAG